AUUACCUGGUCUAGUGACGUAUAUAGCCGGGAGGCGGGUGACUCGAGGAGUUCAGUUCCCCCCGGCAGGAGCGAGGGCAAAGGAGGAGAGUCGCCGUCACCUCCGUUUUACCACCGCCACACCUCCACCACACACUACCCACCAUGGAUGAGGAACAGAUUGCCACCAUGAAGAAGGUGUUUCAGAUGUUCGACCAGGGCAAGACCGGGUUCGUGGAGUGCAACAAGUUCGUCAACAUCCUUAACACACUCGGCCAAGCCUUCGACGAGGACGAACUCAAAGCCAGAAUCGCCGAGAAUGACCCCAACAAGGAAGGAAAAGUGGACUUCGAGAAGUUCUGUUCCAUCGUAAUGCCCUUCCUGGAGGAGGACGACGACGAGGCCAUGCACGAGGAGCUCAAGGAGGCCUUCAGGCUCUACGACAAAGGCGGUGACGGCUACAUCACGACGGGGACGCUGAAGGAGAUCCUGAGGGAACUGGACAACAAGCUGACGGAGGAGGACCUGGACGGUAUUAUUGAUGAGAUCGACGAAGAUGCCUCGGGCACCGUCGACUUCGAUGAGUUUAUGGAGAUGAUGACGGGGGAGUAAGAACGUUGACCUUCGCUAUCUACUGCUUCCUCUCUUCUUCCUUCCUCCUUCUACUUAUUUAUUUAUUCAUCCUAAUCUUUUUAUAUCCAUUUUAUCUCCUCUUUCACCUUUCAUACCUCCUGUUUUAUUAUUUGUUUUGUUUCCUCUAUCGCCUGAACUUCUAUUGUCUAUCUGUAAUCACCAUGCUAAUUUUUCACCAUUCUCCAUUCUUAAAUUUCCAUCAUUAUUUAGACGUUUCUGGGUUUUUUCCCGCUAUUUUGAUUCCCCAUAGUAAUAUUUUCCCCACCAUCUAACAUCUCGCUGUAAUAUUUUCCCUGCCAUCUGAAUUCCCGUCCUAAUUUGACCCUAUCAGUUGAACCUCUCUCUCUUGAUAUUUUCCCUCGUCCAGAGACAAUCUCUUCUGAAUUGCUCUCUCUCUCUCUCUCUCUCUCUCUCUCUCUCCAACGUCUUGACCUUUUUCUGAGAAUUCCCUGACCUCGCUUGACCUCAGGAACGUGACCUCCAGAUGCAAUACAAAAAGAGGGAGUAGUGUGUGUGACCAGAAUCUUACAGGCCAAAAGGUCAAGAGAUCACAGGUCAAGAGGUCACUAAUAAUAGUUAUGGUUAUUGUUAUUAUUGUUUUCAUAAAUAUCAUAGCUGCUAUUAUCAUUAUUAUUAUUAUUAUUAUCAUUAUUAUUAUUAUCAUUAUUAUUAUUAUUAAUACUAUUAUAGAUUUUUGAAAUAAUAAAUUUUAUACAAAUA